CCCCCCAGAUCCGGUGCCCCCUGAACAUGGGUCAAGCUGGGUUCCGGCUCUGCAGUGUCCUUGUGAUCCAGCAUCAAUGAGCCCCCCCAUCCCCACUAGCCCCCCGUUCUCCAGCCCCCUGCCCAGGAGCUCCCCCAGAGCCAGCUCUCUCUCACCUCCCCCCAGCUCCUGCUUCGCGUCUGUUUCGUUUCCCCCAGGGCGGAUAUUUUGGGCACAGCCGCUCGACGCAGCGCUCGGCUCCUCCUGGAAUGGGGGCGCUGGGGUUCCUGUCUGCCGCACACAGCUCACGCCCUCCACUUCCUCCUUGGGAAGCAGCGACUCCCACGUGAAAGGAGAAGCAGCCUGCGAGCUGCAGGGAGAACCAAGCCAGGCCUGCUGCCAGGAGAGCGCUGCUAGCAGAUGGCUCAGCCGCCAGCCACCCGGCCUCCCCCCAGAGAGCCCCUCGCAGGUGCCAUGGCCGGAGCCGGAGAACUCCUCCGCAUGAUCCAGGACUUAAGGGAUACCGUCGGGGAGCUGAAGCAGAACUACAAGGAGCGGAGGUUGCCGGUCACCGACGGCAGCCGGGAGCUUCACGGGCUCUGUGCCCAGCUGGAAUUCCUGCUCCAGUUUGACCUGAAGGAGAAGAGGAGUUUCUUCGGGCAGCGGCGGGACUACUGGGACUUCCUGUGCCACGGGCUGGCGAGCCGGCGCCAGGGGCACGAGGGCGUGCGAUUCGUCAGCUCCCUGGAGAAGCUCAGGACCCCCGUGGGGAAGGGACGAGCCUUCACUCGCUACUGCCUGGUGCACCGGCAGCUGGCGGAGUCGCUGCAGCUCUGCUUCCUGGACCCCCAGCUGACCAGUGAAUGGUACUAUGCCCGGAGCCCCUUCCUGCACCCGCAGCUGCGAGCCGACAUCCUGGGCUGCCUCUACGAGCUGGACAGCGUCACCUUCCACCUGGCCCUCAAGAGAGGCGACCUGGACGCGGCCUGGCCCAUGUUCUCCGAGACUCUGUCCAGAUCCUCCAGCCAAAGCCCCGUGACCAGCCCGAAGGAGGGGCCGGCCUGGCCGGUUGGGAACCCGGCUGGAGACCGCGAGAAACACCACGCAGCCCGGAGAGGCCCCGAGGACGAGCCCCAGCUCCCAGGACAGGUCAGCCGAUCCCCGGGGCUUAGCACUGAUGACCCGUUCCAGCCCGGACUGGAAGAGCCCAGGGAACAUACAGCAACGACGGCCUCUUUGGAGAGGAGCCGGGGCACUGGGCGAGAGGCAGGCUCCCAGCAACGGGGCUCGGAGGCGGCUGGAGACGGAAAGCCCGAGGCUGAGCUCCAGAGGCUCAACGCCCAGCUGCAGCUGCAGGUCGAGGCGCUGGACGGGGAGCUGCAGAGCAGCCUGGCCGCUGCCCGGGAGCUGGAGUCCAUGUUGGCUCAGCAAGCGCAAUGCCACCGCGAGGAGCAGGCCCGGCUGCAGCAGGAGGCAGCGCAGCACUGCAGCCGCCAGGUGGAGGAGCAGGCCAGGCAGAUCCGGGAGCUCCAGGACUCCAAGGCCUUCCUGAGCGACACCCUGGAGGAGAUGGACGCGCUGGUGAGCGCCCUGAGGCGGCAGCUGUCCCAGAGGGAGGGGGAGACGGCGGCCCUGCGGGCAGCCCAGGCGCAGGAGCUGGCGGAGCUGGAGACGCGGCACGGAGCCAGGCUGGCAGAGGGGGAGAAGCGUCAGCAGGAGCUCGCCGAGCGGCUUUCCCAGGCGAUGCGCGACGCCGAGCAAGAGGCGGCCGCGGCGGCCGGCCAGCGCCAGGAGGCUCGGGCCAUGGCCAAGGCCCUGGAGGAGGCCGAGCGGCGGCUGAGAGCGCAGGAGGCCGAGAGGAGGGAGUGCCUGGCCGGAGCAGAAGCCCAGGAGCUGAGGCACCAGCAGCUGCUGUCGCGGUGCCAGAGGCUCCAGGAGAAGCUGAGUGCGAGCGAGGGGAGGCUGGAGGAGACGGAGGCCCAGGUGGCGGCUCUGCACAGUCAGCUCAGCGAGGGGCAGCGGGAAGGGCCCAGCGGCAGCCCCCCGCGCGGCCCGGAGGAGGAGACGGCCCAGAGGCUCUGGCAGGCCGAGCUGCAGGCCGAGGGGCUGAGACAGAAGCUGGAGCAGGCCCUGGCGGAGGGAAGGGAGCUGGAGAGGGAGCGAGAGGCCCUGCUGGAGUCGGCGGUGUCUCAGGGGCAGAGCCUGGCGGCUGCCCGGCUAGAGGCUCAGGAUCUCCAGAAGGAGCUGGCUGCACAGCAGGAGCGAAAUGCUUCCCUCCAGGCGGCUUUGGAGCAGGCAGAGGGGGCCCUGAUGGACAAGGAGGAAGGGACGCGGGGCCUGCAGGAGGAGCUGGAGGGGCAGUCGGCCAAGCUGCAGGAUGCUCUGGCCGAAAACGCCGCGGUGGCCUCCCGGCUGGCGGAAGCAGCCGCGGGCUUCGCGAGCGAGAAGGCCCAGCUGGAGGCGCGAGGGACCGAGGAGCGAGCCGGGCACGAGAGGGCUGUGGCCGAGCUGUGGAGGCGGCUGGUGGAGUGCGAGGAGCAAAGGCAGGCGGAGAGAGAGGAGAAACAGCAGCUCCAGGACGUGCUGCAGGGAGCCUCCGAAGAGAGAGAUGUCCUGGCCAAGCAAGUGCAAAGCACAGCGGCCGCCCUGGAGAGCCGUGCCCGGGAGGCAGCGCAGCUCCGAGACGAGCUGGAGGAAUUGAGGGCCCGCAGCCAGCGGGAGGACACCCGGCUGCAGGAAGUGCUGGUCCGGCAGAAGGAGGAGAGCGACGGGCAGAUUGUGGCGCUCCAGCACCAGGUGCAGACGUUGGAGCUGGAGAAGCAGAGAGCCGCCGACACGCUGGAGCAGGCCAGGGGGCAGCUCGCCGCCGUACUGGCGGAGAAGGGCGCCUUGGAGGAGACGCUGGCCCGAGCUGCCGCGGAGCUAGAGCGGGUGGCGGGAUGUGACCGCUCGGAAGCUGGGGAUGAGGAACCCCUGGGGCUGGCCAGAGGACGGGGCGCAGUGGAGGAGAAAGCGGCUGGAGGGGGUGGGCCGCGGACGGGCAAGCGGGUGCUGGCAGGGGAACCGCCGGAGGAGCUGGGGGCAGCAGCCAUGCUGGAGAAGGCCAGUCCAGAGCAGAAACCAAGGAAGAGUGUCGAAGAGAUGGUGAAGCACCUGACCACGCACCUGGAGAAGGCGAUGGGGGAGGCCCAGCAGAAAGGGCAGCUGGUAAAGGCCAAGGAGGAGGAAGCAAAGCACCUGGCGGAGCAGCUGGGCAGGGCCCGGCAGGACGGGGAGCAGUUCAGGCUGGCGCUGGAGAGAGCGCAGAGAGACGCCAAGGAGCGAGAGAAGGAACAUCGAGGGCAGCUGGCUGAGCAGCAGGAGCUCGUCCGGGAGGUGAAGGGCCGGCUGCUGGAACUGCUCCGGGAGAAGGACGCCUUGUGGCAGAAGACGGAGGGCAUUGACUGCCGGGCCCCCCGCGUGGUGCCCCACGACCUCAGCCUGUGCGCCCGCUGCAGCCAGGACUUCGGGUUUCUCUCCCGCAGGUACCAGUGCAGGCUGUGCCAGGGCACCGUCUGCCAGGCCUGCUCGGUGGAGAGCGGCAGGAGGGAGCGCUGCUGUCUGCACUGCUGGCAGAAGAGGAAUUUCAAGGGCACCUGAGCAGGGCCCGCGUCCCGUGCGCCCUGCCUCCAGCUGGGGAGACUGUUCCUGGCGCCGGCCUGCCUCUCCAUGUGGGACCGGGGCGUCUGUAACCCUUCCCGUGCCUCGCGCGGGCGGCGGGGCCGCGGCUAGAACCGAUGGGCUGGGCCCUCACUCGGCCCUGCAGACGCUUCCCCGCGGCCUGUCCCGGGGAGACCGUUCCGGUGCAGAGACCCGGCCAAGUCCAGGCCCUUCAGCCCUGGGGGCACCUUAAAAUGAACAGCCGUCGUGUGUGUGUUAGCCCCCUCUAGUGGCUGGCCCACAGAGAGGAUAACGGCCUACUACUGCUAACGGAGUUGUUCAAGCGGCACAGGGCUGGGCUGUGGUGCUGAAGGUCCCGGGUUCAGAGCCUGCUGACGACCCACGAAGCGGCUCAGUCCACAAACUCUUGGCUUGAGCAGGGCUGUUAGCGAAGGUCUCUGGUCUGUGACGAAAGGAGACCAGGCCCUACAGCAGCGCUGAGGUGCAAUUACACUCAGCAAAGCCGGCCUCUGUGUGUUGUCUCGCGGCGCUUCCAGCCCAGGUUCGUGCCGUUUCCCAGGAAAGCUGCCGUUGGCCUAACGGCCACUCCUGGAACCCCAGGCCGGCUGCGCGCCACAGGCACCCCGGAGCCUGGGUCUGCCCCAGGCCCUGUGCCCCGAUGGGAAGGGUCUUCCGGCUCCCCCAGUGCCAGAGAUGCUGCGGGGGGGCAGCUCCCUCCCGCAGAGCGGGGCUGACGGGCACAGGCCGGAGACGCUCGGUUCUGCCGAAGGAGGCGGCAGGGCUGGCUCUGAUGCGCUGGGACUCACCACCACGGCGCU